AUAACUAUUAUAAUUUUUGGAUGAUCAAAUUUUUUUAAUAAAAUAAUAAAGCAUUUAGUACCUGAAGGGACACCUAUUUAUUUAGCCUCCUUUAUGGUAUUAAUUGAAAGAAUUAGUAAUUUAAUUCGUCCUUUAACUUUGGCAGUACGGUUAGUAGCUAAUAUAAUUGCUGGGCAUUUAUUGUUAGUUUUGUUAUCAAGAUUAGGAGAGAUAUCAAUAAUAUAUUAUAUAUUUACUUUGCCUUUAAUAAUUAGCUUGACAGUAUUAGAGAUAUUUGUUACUAUUAUUCAAAGAUAUGUAUAUAUAAUUUUAUUGGUACUUUAUUUAAAUGAAGUUUAA